UUAAAUCUUCAGCUAGAGAGGUGGAGGGAGCCACCAUGAAGAUUACAACUGCCACUUUUUCCCUGCUGCUGGUCCUAGCCCUGUGCAGCCAAUAUGCCGAAAGCUGCGUUCCAUUUUAUCUCACUUUUGGUAUAAUAGCCUCAAGAAGUUCUGUAUUGUUAAAAGAGGACCUCAAAAAAUAUGAUGCUACUCCAGAAGAGUAUGAGGCCUUCAGAAAAAUACAGGAAUGUUAUAUUGAACAUUUUUUUGGAAGAACACUAAAGGAUAUAGAACUCAUGACGAUAACCACCUUGAGUAGAGAAUGCUUGGAAUAUCUGAUAACUCAAAGUAUAAAAUUUAAAAAAUCACUACUGGGAAUCUUCUGAAUAACAACUUAGUUACUGCCACUGCUGUUCACCCCAUGCCUAUUCCGGGCCCAUUUUACCUUCUAAACCCUGAGACCCUGUCCAACAUGGAUGGUCAUAGUCCCUGAUGAUUCUAAUAAAGCAAAUGUACCUCAAA